AUGGCGUGCAACAGCUGGGAUAAAUUGUGUAAGGCGCAGCGCGACUACCCAAAAGCCAAGUUUGCAGACUCGUUUGUUCAAAAGUCCCUUAAGAAAAGCCCCAAGAACCCAUUUCUGCUGGCUUGGAAAGCGGACAUCUCACUGCAACUCACCCAAGAUCCAAAGAAUGUGGUUCUACAAAUACAGCAGGCAUGGCAGCAGCCUGGACCCUACGAUAUCCGGCUCCUAGCAUAUCUCUACAGACUAUUUGCCGAGGCGAUGCGACGAAGCAGCACUGCCAACUCUUGCAUCAGUGGGCUCGGCAAUGAGAACUCCAAGGUUUGGCUUAGCGCUUCGAAAACACUGAGCCCUCAGGAACGGCAAGAGUUAUGGUCUACGCUUGGCAAAGCUGCAUGGCGCGAAGAAUGCUGGGAAGACUUUCGCUUCGCUGUCGUUCAAUACACCAAGGAGCUCAAAGACAUCUCCGCAUCUGCACCAAUGAAGAAGCAUGCCCACUUCACACAAAUACUCGCAACACAACUUGCAGCCGAGCAACAGCUCCAGAUACCCGGCGCUGACCUCAAGUCCAAGAUACAAUUUGACCUAGCACGUAGGCUAAUGAAACAAGCAUACGAAGCGUCUCCAGACGAGCCAAUUGCGUGUAAAGACAUCCGGGAUCUACGCUUCAUGGGUGAGAUUUUCGCGCGACAAGGUAAAUGUGAUGAGCUCAUAGAGCUCUGGAACAACCCACCUACUACUUUGAAAGAUCUCAUGACGACGCACAAAGCCGACUUACAGAUCAUGAGAAUCAGACUCUCAAGGGAGACCAACAAUUGGUCUCUUGUUGAGAGCGAAUCACUGGCUAGGAUUGAAAAUGCGAUAUCACAAAUGAUCGAGAAUCCAGACUCCAAGGCGCUGUGGGAACUCUGUGCUUGGAACAUGGAUUUAUGGACAGAUUGGCUAGCAGCAGUUCGAAUGAAUCGGUCCAGAGAUGAGGCUGUCCGCAUUGUUUCUGAUAUCCUACACCGUGCCUUUGGAACAGAACUACGAACCAACGAUCGUGCGAUGAGUUUGACAUACAUGAAACUCCGUCAUUUCGUCGGAGUCCCAAUGGCAGACGACUGCUUGACGUAUUGGAAGAACCACUCGACACUCAUCAGCUGUUUCGCAGACAUGCGCCCAUUUUUGGAAACAUUGCAUAGCGGCAAUGGUCUUGGAGGUAAAAUGCAUUUUUUCCGAACCUUGACGACAGACGCAUCGUCGCAAACGGAGGAAUACACAGACGAAAAAUGGGACAUACACUCACAGAACAUCCUGAAGAUUAAUCAUCUAAUAACAUCCUCGGUGGCGGACCGAUAUUGGAAAGGCGACAAAACAACGAUUGUUAAGUACAUCUUUGACGAGGCGUGUAAAUCGUCCGGCCUCUACGAGCCCAGCUCCUCGGCAGGAUUCCUUGCUGUUUAUUCCCUCCUACGGAUGCAUCACGUCGCCAUGCGCUACGACGAAUCUCAACAUCCUUUUGAGAAUACGCCAAACUCUCGGCUCCUCUUACAAGCUGCAAUGCUCGCACGCCACCUAGUCGCUUGUGACAAAGAAAAGCAAGACCGACCGCGCGCAUUACUUGCUGCCCGGCUACACCUGAACCUAGGUCUUGGAAAGUCUGCUUUCCAGAUGUACAACUACACUAAGUGCAAGGAGAUGUUGGUUCACACUAUCUCUCCAUACGUCUUGUCUCGCCUCUCAAUAACACAUCCGUUCGGUGCCAAAGGCUACCAAGGCUUCUCAGCAGAAGAAGAACUCGGGAAGGCCAUUGGUACCAUGGAGAGGAUGGAGUCCAAGACGGAUGACACGAUAUACCCAGAUCUCAAAACGAUCCCAUGGGAUCAAUCCAUCGGUCUAUUGUCUCUGAAGAGGAAAUUCAAAUCAAGCUUAACAAAACACAUAUGCAAUCUGGAGCGCCGUCGUCUAGCGCGACUGAAGGGCGAAUCAGUUGAUCAGCUGCCUGUUCUAGACCGGCAGAGUUUCCGGAAUAUUGUCGACAAUGUGGACAAAUCUGUCUUUCCCGACUUUGACGAUACACAAUCUUCUGGUCCAUUGCCAUAUAUCAUGCCCAACAUGAUUCCCAAUCUUCCAUGGCUCAUAGAAAGCUAUUCGAUCUGGGAGGCUAGCAGCAGAGUGCUACACAAGGAGACGCAAACGUGGGAAAACCUAGGCUUGUUGGUAGAUGACAUUGCUACCCCCAAAGAAGGCCAUGGAGUCGAAGCGAAUACAACCCCAGCGGAAUCAAGAGCUGAAAAAUCGUGGCUUUGCAUCAAUACGGUUGUUGAGGUCAUGGCUGGUCAAGCAGAUGCGAAGUUACUCCCCGGUAAUCUCACAAAGCUGUCAGAAGAGCUUUACGCAACGCGUCUAGCGAUGGAGAAGCUGCGCAUGCCCAAUAAUACCAAGUUGAAGCCUGAGGAUGAGCCCACGAUGUUUCACGAAAACAUGCUGAUAUCGUGCUACACCAAGCUGGAGAUUCUCCGCGCACUUACUAGAAUGGACGAUCAACUCCGUGAGAAGGUGGUCAGUCCGAAAAGCACCCACCCGCUCAAGUCUAAGCUACCAAAGAACUGGGUUAGCGAAAUUGAGUACGAAACAAAGCUAUGCUAUGAUGCGAUACGUGAUGUGGUCCAUAGCUACAUCAACCUAAUCGAGAAGAAGGGUGCAGCUGCAAUCAAGGCACAGGUACGGUGGGGCGAGACAGGCGAAGCACUGAAACCAAUUCUCAGCGAUUCAGAUGUUGAAGCAUACGCAUUGGAAUACGUUGACAGCGCGCUGCACGCUUGGAAGGGGGUGCUACAGGUCAAACUCAGGUAA